AAAUCUUGAUAAAACAUGUCGUCGUUUACUUUGUGGAAUUCACGAUGUAGUAUAACACUAUUGCGACAGCAUGCAAUGCUUUUUACAUCAGUUACAAGCACAAGUUCAAACGGUUUGAGUUACACAAAGUUCAGUAGUACAAAUUACCAACAACAACAAAAUUUUGUAACAAUGAGACAAGCUGCCGGCGACAAAGGUAGCGCCAAGCGCAACUCACAAUCUCGCAAUGCACACCGCAGCUCUGUGGACAGUACGCACAGUGACACAAAUGUAAAUUCGCCGCCAUUUAAUCAUCCACACUGUGAUAGACAAGCCAUGUACCAGCAGCCAGUGCGUAAGGUCAAAACUCUGCGAGGCAACUAUGAUUACGAUUUGGUGGUGAUUGGCGGCGGCUCUGGUGGCUUAUCCUGCGCCAAGGAGGCUGUGGCACAUGGCGCACGCGUUGCUUGCCUGGAUUACGUCAAGCCCACGCCCAUUGGCACUAAAUGGGGCGUUGGUGGCACUUGCGUUAACGUUGGCUGCAUACCCAAGAAGCUCAUGCAUCAGGCUUCGCUGCUGGGCGAGGCAGUGCAUGAGGCGGCGGCCUAUGGCUGGAAUGUGGAUGAUAAGAUCAAACCCGAUUGGAACAAGCUCGUCUCAUCGGUGCAGAAUCACAUCAAGUCUGUCAACUGGGUGACGCGCGUGGAUUUGCGUGACAAAAAGGUGGAGUACAUCAAUGGCCUGGGCUCAUUUGUGGAUCCGCAUACGCUCUCGGCCAAGCUGAAGACCGGCGAACGCACCAUCACCGCUCAGACCUUUGUCAUUGCCGUCGGCGGUCGUCCACGCUAUCCGAAUAUUCCAGGCGCUGUCGAAUACGGCAUAACCAGCGAUGAUUUGUUUAGCUUGGAGCGCGAGCCAGGCAAGACUCUAGUCGUGGGCGCAGGCUACAUUGGCCUGGAGUGCGCUGGCUUCCUCAAGGGUCUGGGCUAUGAGCCCACUGUCAUGGUGCGUUCCAUUGUGCUGCGUGGCUUUGAUCAGCAAAUGGCCAACUUGGUAGCCUCUUCCAUGGAGGAGCGCGGCAUUCCCUUCUUACGCAAAACAGUGCCGCUCUCUGUGGAGAAACAAUCCGAUGGCAGGCUGCUGGUCAAGUAUGAGAAUGUGGAGACUGGCGAGGUGGAUAGCGAUGUCUACGAUACGGUGCUCUGGGCCAUUGGCCGCAAGGGUCUGGUGGAUGAUCUGAAUCUGGAUAAUGCUGGUGUAAUGACACACAAGGACAAGAUUCAAGUGGACAGCGAGGAGACCACCAAUGUGCCGCACAUUUAUGCUGUGGGUGACAUCAUCCAUGGCAAGCCGGAGCUAACACCCGUUGCCGUCCUGGCUGGUCGUCUGCUGGCGCGUCGUCUCUAUGCGGGCGCUACACUGCGCAUGGAUUACGCUGAUGUGGCCACCACUGUGUUUACUCCGCUCGAGUAUGCCUGCGUUGGUCUGAGCGAGGAGGAUGCUGUCAAGGAGCAUGGUGCCGACGAGAUUGAGGUGUUCCAUGGCUAUUACAAGCCCACGGAGUUCUUCAUUCCACAGAAGAGCGUUCGCUAUUGUUAUGUCAAGGCUGUGGCACAACGCAGCGGUGAUCAGUUGGUCUAUGGCUUGCAUUAUCUGGGUCCAGUGGCUGGUGAGGUUAUUCAGGGCUUCGCUGCUGCACUAAAGUCCGGCUUGACCAUUCCCACGCUGAUGAAUACAGUGGGCAUUCAUCCUACUACCGCCGAGGAAUUUACACGUCUCAGCAUUACCAAGCGCUCUGGACUGGAUCCAACGCCUGCUAGCUGCUGCAGUUAAGAUGGAGACACCAACACAACACACACACAUACACCACACCUUCCCACUGCUCCCGCGUCCUCGUCCUCCUCCCCCCUGCAACGAAUUUCACACUUUGGUAGUUGCCGCCGCUAAAAAGUUAAAGUUUUAAAUAUAAUUCUCACCUCAAUUGUGAGCACACACCCCUACACAAACAAACAAACACACACACACACCUACACACACAAUAGCUCAGCUGACGCCCAGGUUUUGGGAAUUUGUUGCCCACUGUGCGUACUGCACUCAAAAUUUACGAGAGAAUUAUGUUAACAUUUAAUAUGCAAA